UAUAUAUCCCGUGUGCGAUCUAAACACGCCGUACGCACAGCAAUAACUCGAGAUCGAGAGAAACAUUUAUUAGUUAGGUUAACUUAAUACCAUCAACACAUCAAAAUGAGAGAAAUCGUCCACAUCCAAGCCGGUCAGUGCGGCAACCAGAUUGGUGCUAAAUUCUGGGAAGUCAUCUCAGACGAGCACGGUAUUGACCCCACUGGUACCUACCACGGUGACUCUGACCUCCAACUCGAGAGAAUCAACGUUUACUACAAUGAAGCCACCGGUGGCAAAUAUGUACCACGUGCAAUCCUCGUCGAUCUUGAGCCAGGUACCAUGGACUCCGUGCGAUCUGGUCCAUUCGGACAGAUCUUCCGACCAGACAACUUUGUGUUCGGACAGAGCGGAGCCGGUAACAACUGGGCCAAGGGUCACUACACAGAGGGAGCUGAACUCGUCGACUCCGUCCUUGACGUAGUCAGGAAAGAGGCUGAGAGCUGCGACUGCCUUCAGGGAUUCCAACUUACACACUCCCUUGGUGGCGGUACCGGAUCUGGUAUGGGAACACUCCUCAUCAGCAAGAUCCGUGAAGAAUACCCCGACAGAAUCAUGAACACCUUCUCCGUUGUACCAUCACCAAAAGUAUCAGACACAGUCGUAGAACCAUACAACGCCACACUCUCAGUCCAUCAGCUCGUUGAGAACACCGACGAGACAUACUGCAUUGAUAACGAGGCUCUCUACGAUAUCUGCUUCAGAACCUUGAAACUCACCACCCCAACAUACGGUGACUUGAACCAUCUCGUCUCUGCCACCAUGUCAGGUGUCACCACUUGUCUCCGAUUCCCAGGUCAGUUGAACGCCGAUCUCCGUAAAUUGGCCGUCAACAUGGUCCCCUUCCCACGUCUCCACUUCUUCAUGCCCGGAUUCGCUCCACUUACCUCACGUGGUAGCCAGCAAUACAGAGCUCUUACCGUCCCCGAGCUCACCCAACAGAUGUUCGAUGCCAAGAACAUGAUGGCUGCCUGUGACCCACGUCACGGCAGAUACCUCACCGUCGCCGCUAUGUUCCGUGGACGUAUGUCCAUGAAGGAGGUCGACGAACAGAUGUUGAACGUCCAGAACAAGAACAGCAGCUACUUCGUUGAAUGGAUCCCCAACAACGUCAAGACAGCUGUCUGCGACAUCCCACCACGUGGUCUUAAGAUGUCCGCCACCUUUGUCGGAAACAGCACCGCCAUCCAGGAACUCUUCAAGCGUAUCUCAGAGCAGUUCACCGCUAUGUUCCGUCGUAAGGCUUUCUUGCAUUGGUACACUGGUGAGGGUAUGGACGAGAUGGAAUUCACUGAAGCCGAGUCCAACAUGAACGACUUGGUCUCUGAAUACCAACAGUACCAGGACGCCACCGCCGAGGAGGAAGGCGAGUUCGAUGAGGAGGAAGGAGAGGAAGAGGCUUAAACCCUUAACCUUGAAACAUAUGAACUCUCAAACAAAUGAAACUUGAAAUGUUAAAAGGACUUCGAAUAAAGAACAACGAACUAAAAAGCACAUGUGAUAUAUACUCAGUAAAUGGAGAAAAAAAAGCAAUAAAUUAUAUAUAUUUUACAAUUGUUAAGAUCUGGUAUGCGUUUUAUUUGAUAUAAAUGUUUACAUCGGUAUUUAUGAAAAUGUUUACAUCAGUAUUACAUAUCAGUAUUUUAGAGAAAAGGGAAAAAAUAAAUGUUAAAUAAAUAA